AGUGUUCAGAGCUUGGCCCAACCUGGCACUGGCGAGAUUUCAGUCAAUGGACGCCCGCAUGGACUCCUUGUUGAAGGUGAGAGUGUUGGAAGGCUUGUCCUGCGAGGUGGAGUAUGAAGUGGAGAUGGACCGCCACUCUGUGGCUUUUGCGCUGAUGUUGGAGAUCCGGAGACGCACUGGGUGGCACUGGCGUCGCCAGAAGCUCAUCAACCAGGCCACCCGCCUGGUGAUAGGCGAAGGCACCCGCCUGGACGAGCUCUUCCCGGGCGAGGAGGCGGAGAUCCAGCUGCUGCACUGCGACAGCUCCCAACUCGCGCCCAUCGAGGACCGGGACGCCAUGGAGCAGAUGGUGAGGCUGUCCCUGGAUUCGCUGAAGUAUGCUUCAAAGGCGCUGAAAGCCGACAAGGAGCUGGUGAUGAUGGCGGUGCGCUUGCCAGGCGCCUUCAGGUACGCCGCGCCUUUAUGUCAGAAUGACCUGGACGUUGCCCGCAUCGCCAUCGCCGGUUGUCCCCAGAUGUUCCGCUUCGGAGGGAGGACGGUCCGUAGGGACCAUGCCAUAGCCAGCAUGGCCGUGCAGGCGGACCCGGGCAACAUCAGGUUCGUGAGCCCUGACCUCCUCCGGAACAGGAAGUUCGUGCAAGAGCGCGUCGAGAAGGAUGGCCUGGCCCUGGGCGCCACGAAUGCGAGGGUGCCCAAGGAGAUAAUCAUGGCGGCGGUGUCGCAGAAUGGGUUGGCCCUGAAGUUCGUGGCCAAGAAAGGCGUGGCCGCCAACCCAGAACUCGCCAAGGAUGAAGAGGUAGUUAUGGCGGCCGUGCAGCAGAAUGGCAAGGCGCUGAAAUUCGCUCCCGACGCCCUGCGUUCGAAGACGGAGAUUGUUCAAGCCGCUGUCCAGCAGAACCCCAUGGCAGCGAAGUUUGUAGACGGCAGGGAGGCUGUGUUGGAGGCUGUCCGUGCUCAGCCAAAGGCGCUGAGGUAUGUUCACCGUCAGUUCCGCGAUGAUCCUGAAGUGGUGGAAGUUGCCUUUGCCAAAGAUCCAGCAACCCUGGUCUUUGCCUUCAAGACUGCGAUGCUUCAUAUGGUGGGCGCCCAUGACGAUGUUUUGAAGUUUGCCAAGAAAUCGCUGCAGGAAGAUUCAGAUGUCUUAGCAAAGUUGGCGACAAAAAGAGGUGGACAUUGAUUGAGUCAACCAAAGUGAACUGCGACUGUAUUGCCGCUUCUUCCUUGCAGUCCUGGUAAUGGCGACAGGCAAGGAAUCCUCAAUGAGGAUGAGCCAGGAUGAGCGUGACCGCUUGGAGUCGAUUGACACUCCGAAAGUCGCCCCUCUGCGACUUCAGUGAGCAGGGGUUGGUGACUGUACAGGCCCCGUCGCAGGACAUGCCCUGUCUGGGUGAGGAGUG